CGGUCCCGUUGUCCGUUGGCGGGCGUUUCUAUGGUGAAAGCCCCCUAGGGAAGUUUUCUGCUUCGGCUUCCGGUUCUGCUUAGCAUCAAAAUUGCUGCCGAAAGGGCUGGCCGACGCACCCGCUAGAGCAACCUGCUCGAACCGUGUAUCUGUGAUUCUGAGCCGCUCCAGCUGCUGAUCCAUGCCUGGUGUCUAAUGGUGGGCCUUUUGGAAAAACUACUGUUUUGCCAACCGCUGUGUAUGCCUCACUUUUUAAUGAGAUGAGCCUCGUCAUACGUAAUCUGCAGAGAGCCAUCCCUGUUAGGAGAGCUCUGCUUCGCAAGAGAGUAGACCAGAUCCGUCAUAUUUUGGGCGUGCAGCAGUUUGACCUUGCCGUUAUCUGUAUCAGUAACCACCACAUUCAGCGACUCAACAGAACCUACAGAGCCAAGAACGUCCCCACAGAUGUGCUAUCGUUCCCUUUUCAUGAGGUGACCGUUGCUCACGGCUUGUGUCACUUACUUGGAUACAAACACAGCACGGAAGAAGAGUGGCAACAGAUGUUUGAAAGGGAAACACACAUUCUCCAGGAGAUAAACAGGUCGUCCGGCACGAAUUUACAACCUCUGACCAAAAAUCUCUUCUAG